AACGUGACUCACUUCACGACUGUGUUGCUUCCUGCGGUAAUUGACGUAUAUGGUUAGGAAUUGUGUUGAGACUUGAGAGCAUUAUACAACAAAAUACAUUUCACGACUGCGGAAGGAAUAUAAGAAUACCAUUCAGUGGUCCUUAUUCACAGGAGACAUUGUGAUAAUCGAGGAUGUCGAAGGUGUUGGACGAGGAACUGAAGCAGGCCUUCUCGAAGCUGCACGAGAAGAUGGUGGACACUAAGCAGAAGUUGAAGUUGGCCGAUAUGCAAAUCGACAAGUUGCGGCGUACGAAGCAACGGGCGGAGCUCACCACGAAGGAGAUCGGCAGCUUGCCCGACGACACGAGGAUGUACGAGUCCGUCGGCCGGAUGUUCCUCCUAGAUAACAUGAGCAACAUUAAGGACAAUCUGGACAGUAGGAUAAAGACGUCCGACGAGAAGAUUAAGACGCUAGAGAAUAACAAAACGUACCUGCAGCGGAGUUUGAAGGAGAGCGAGAAUGAAAUCAGAGAGAUGAUUCAGCAGAAGCAGAGCAAGGAGACGUCGGGCUAAGACUUAUGUGUCGAGAUGCUACUUUAAUGGUUUUCUUUUAUUGAUCUCUUUGGAACCUUUUGGAUUAUUAUUUGAGAUAUGUAUCUGUAAAUAUACAGUAUCAUGAAAAAUCUGUCAUCUGUUGGCUUAACGUCGCGCUUCACAUGCAUUUUUGUAAUUGUGACAUUUUUUUUUGUAUACCGUACGUGGAAUGAAAUUAUUGUCAAUAAACUUCACUUUGUGAGAGUUAAACUCGAUUAUCUUUAAUUAUAUAUAAAAUUGUAUAUGAGAGAAAUACAAGGAACGAUAUUGUAUGUAUUUAUAAGACAAUAAUGAUUAUAAUUAAAUAAACAUUUUGAUUUUGUAGCUUGAAA